CGGGUUCAUCACUUGUGACAUUAACCCUUUCUGUCGCGUACUAUCUCUCUAAUAUUCUCUCCCCCCACAACCUCUCAAAAACCGCAGCGCCUUCGAUCACAUUUGCCGUCUUUAUUCUCUGAUUGCCCCCCCCCUUCUUCCUCCUCAUUCUUCUUCGUUCUUUCUGGUAAUUUUUGGGCGUUCUGUGGCUGCCAGGACUUGGUGAGAUUGCUGGUCGAACAACCUCCACUCCCUUCCCCCACAGGCGUCCAUAUUUGACACGUUUCUGGGCUCGAUAAGAGAAGGACUAAAUGCAACUAGGCCAGGUCCAAUGUUGGCAUGAAGUGGUUGGGAGAAUCCAAAAACAUGGUAGUGAAUGGCAGGAGGCAUGGCAGCAGAUUGUCCAGUGAACGCCAUCGGAGUCGGAGCAAGCCAAGAAAUUCGGGGAGAGAAAAUUUGAGAGCCAGCAAAAAUGUUUGUGAUCGCAGAUCUAGCAGACGUAGCAGUGGAACUACGUUUGAAACUCAGAGUCGCUAUGUACCUUCAUCAGGAAUGUCUGCAAAAGAGCUAUGUGAAAAUGAUGAUCUUGCAACCAGCCUGGUGUUGGACCCCUAUUUGGGGUUUCAGACACAUAAAAUGAAUACCAGAUUUCGCCCCAUUAAAGGGAGACAGGAGGAGCUGAAGGAAGUAAUCGAGCACUUCAAGAAAACUGAACACUUGGAUAAAACCUUCAAAAACCUAGUGUCUGGAGACUGGGCGCGACAUUAUUUUCUUAACAAGAAUAAAAUGCAAGAGAAGCACUUCAAGGAACAUGUGUUCAUCUACUUGAGAAUGUUUGCAACUAGUAGCGGGUUUGAAAUUUUGCCUUGCAACAGAUAUUCUUCUGAGCAAAAUGGAGCCAAGAUCGUUGCAACUAAAGAAUGGAAACGUAAUGACAAAAUAGAACUUCUUGUGGGCUGUAUAGCUGAGCUGUCGGAAGCUGAGGAGAAUAUGCUAUUGCGUCAUGGGGAGAAUGAUUUUAGUGUCAUGUAUUCCACCAGGAAAAACUGUGCUCAGUUGUGGCUUGGUCCAGCUGCCUUCAUAAACCAUGAUUGCAGACCUAACUGUAAGUUUGUAUCAACUGGCCGUGACACUGCGUGUGUGAAAGCACUGCGAGAUAUUGAGCCUGGAGAAGAGAUCUCGUGCUAUUACGGGGAUGGCUUUUUUGGUGAAAACAAUGAGUUCUGUGAAUGCUACACAUGUGAAAGGAGAGCAACAGGUGCUUUUAAAUCCCGAGUUGGACUGAACGAGCCGGCUCCUCUAAUUAACAGCAAGUAUGGACUACGGGAAACGGACAAACGUUUGAACAGGCUCAAAAAGCUCGGUGACGGUGGCAAAAACUCAGACAGCCAGUCCGUAAGCUCCAACACAGACGCAGACACAUCUCAGGAAAAAUCAUCAAGAAAUAGAAAAAGUUCAGUUGUUGUGAAGAAGAAUGGGAAAAGUCGAACAUUGACAAGACAGUCCAUGUCACGAAUUCCAGUUUCAUCCUCUUCUACCUCAUCCAAACUUGCUCACAUAAAUAAUUCCAGGGUACCAAAGAGACUGAGAAAGCCUGUAAAGCCUUUUCAUUCUAAAAUAAAGAUGAGAAAUCACUGCAGACGACCAGAGCUAAGAAAUGCUUCAAGAAAGCUUGAAGUAACUAACCUUGUUCUUAAAGAACCUAAAGUAGUGCUGUAUAAGAAUGAGACUAUUAAAAGGGAUAAGCAAAGCGAAGGUCCAGCAAGGUUUAGAGAAACUACUGGUUGUUUAACUAGGCAUGCGGCUAGGGAAUAUAAACUGAAUUCAACGAAAGGUGCUCAUGGUGAAACAUCAUGUACUUAUAUAACACGAAGUUCUAUUAAAACAAGAAACUCUGCGGAAACUGAUGCUAAGCUUCCACCAAAUACUUUGGAUGGCUAUAGAAGUAGCAGCAGUGGGAGCUUAACACAGACUCACAGACCUGAUACUAGAGGUCAGUCAAAUCACAAGAAUGAACUUGAUCAAGAAACUGUAAAAAGACGGGAUAAUAGGCAUCAAAGAAAUGGUUUCUGUAAGUCUAGAAGAAGCAGGCACUUGAAACGUGUUAUGAACACGGAAAUAUCAAAUUCUGACUUUGAAUCCUCUAAAAAUGAUAGUUUGUGUGACUUGGUAAGCUCACAUUGUGACUCAGGUGUAGGCAGUGUUGUCACUGACACUUCACUUCAUUAUAAGGACACGAGAAGCUCCUCGGAUGAUUGCCCGGUCGUCACUUCAGAGAUAAGGAAAAGAGAAAACAUAAGAACGGUCAAAAGUAAAAAAAGCAGAAGAAUUACAAGAUACGACGCACAACUCAUUCUCGAAAACAGCACUGGAAUUCCAAAGCUAACUCUCCGCAGACGUCACGACAGUAACAGCAGCAAAACAGAGAUGGAGAACGACAACAUGAGCUCCUCAAAAAUCAGCAUUAAAUUAAGCAAAGAUCAUGAAAAGGACAAUAAUAAUUUGUAUGUAGCGAAAUUAAACAAUGGCUUUAACUCAGGAUCGGGGAGCAGUUCUACGAAACUAAAGAUCCAGUUAAAGCGGGAAGAAGAAGCUAGGAUGUCUUUUCCAGAGGAAAUCCACGAAAACGGAGUCUACUGUAACGACACAUUAUCUCUGGUGGAAACAAGAAUGGAGGUCGACAAUUAUGAUCAUUACGAGGAAGAGAGCUUGGUGGAGUCCUCCUCCGAGGAAGGCGAAGAAGAUGACGACGAUUACGAUGACGAAUUUGAGGACGAUUUUAUCCCUCUGCCACCAGCAAAGCGUUUGAGGCUUAUUGUGGGAAAGGACUCAAUAGACAUAGAUAUAUCUUCUAGACGGAGAGAAGAUCAAUCUUUGAGGCUAAAUGCGUGAACCAUAUAUAUGUAUAUAUAAAUAUAUUCUUUUUUUUUUUUUUUUUUUUUUGACCAGAAAAUAAUUUGUACUCAUUUACUUAUUGAAAAGAUUCCAUUGAAUUAUUCCUGACUGAAACUGUAAAUUUUAGAGACUGCACUUCUGUAUUGUUAGUCCACUCGAAAUUGUAGAAAGUGUACAGCAUAUUGACUUUUUUUUUUUUUUUUUUUUUACAGUGCUUUUUAACAGUCUUCUUACGUGCAAUUUUGAGUUUAAAAGAAAAUUAGGGGGAAAAAAGUGGGUACUGUUGUAUAUUGUGGGAAGAAUAUGUAUAUUAGUAAUACACUUUCCACACAUGACUAUAAAGUCUAAUGUGGCUACCCAAUCAUAAUUCUUUCAGCUCACAGAACCUCGACUGUAUCAUAACAAAUCACAGCACAUUAACUAUUUCUUGUAUGUUUUUAUCACCAGCAAUGUAUUUCCAAAGCUUACAGAUUGAUUUGCUCAGUGUCCUCCAUAGUUUUUUGUCCAGAAGUCUAUUUUAUACCGUAUUACUAUCCUUUUAAAGUACUGUCUGUGGCCUUUUUGUUAGUAGCAAAAUGAGUCAAAAUGAAUUUCUCAGAAAUGGAGAAUAAUGAAAAAAUUUUUUUUUUCAGAAUGAUGUUUGCUUAUCCUUUUGGCACAUUUGAUGUACAGGGGUUAGCCGUAUGCAGAAUAUGUUUGGAUAUGGUGUAUUUAUUGCUUGUUGUAUAAAUAAAAACACAACACUUGUAUUUAACACUUUUCAACAAUUUUUAGAUAAAAUUGUUCUUUGCAAGAAUAAUUGGUGCUUAUUUUUUCAUGGAUACAAUGCUGUGAAAUAAAAAAAAAAUGUGAUAAGGAAGACUUGUACCAGUAAAAAUAUAAUGUAAUUGUCAUUUUAUUCUAUAGAUAUUUUGUUAUAUAUUAUUAGUUUUUUUUUUUUUUUUUUGCACUUUUGAGCAGCUCCAACGGAUAUAACAUUUAAAAAUGUCAUCUGGCAGUUAAAGAACUAAAGGUAUGUUUUAUUCAUACUUGUAUAAAGUGUACAUACUACUGUAAAUAUGUGUGGUAUUAGGAUUUACAUUCUGCCAUAAAGUUGAUUUACUAAAACAAAUAAGUUUCUAAGUUAAGUACUCAUGCCAAUAAAAUAGGAAGUUUUAAAAACAAAAAUCCUAUUAAUGAUUUGUUGUUUUUAAUGAAUGACUUUUUAUGGUUUCUCGUUCCCAUUAUUAUGCUAAUAUGACCACACAACUAUCACUUUUAUCAUUUAUACUUCAGUCCAU